UUACAAGCAUCUCGGGGAGAGGAGGGGGAAAAAAGGACUUUCCCCCGGCUUAUCUGGAGGAAAGAAGCGGCGACAAAGCCGUCGCAAGUUGGUCAACUUCAAACUCCAACCGGCAUCUACCCUUGGAGAGAAAACAGCCCGUAACAGCUGGUUUCCUGCGCGUUUUCCGACCUGGAUUAAGAUCUGCAUGGAAACAAAUGAUAUUUGAACCCGCAGAGAGGAGCGGAGAGAGGAGGUGGGUGUCGGACACAAGCCUCUGUGCUUCUGGUCUUGUUCUUUUACGCACCGAUCUCGUGUACAAGCUUUUGACUGAAGUGGAAAAAUCGCCCAGUUGUUGCUGCCGCUGCCGGUGCGCCAUCUAAACCCAAUCCAAGUUUCACAGAGGUCUUAAAGGUUUAUUCCGGGAAGAGAAGCAAGUUGUUGGGGCGAGUUUGCGAGUGAAAGACAAGGCGCAGAUACAAGUGAUAUAAAUCUGAAAUUAUGGCGUUAAAGGCCAGAGUGCUGUAUGACUUCCACUCUGAAAACCCAGGAGAGAUCUCCAUAACAGAGAACGAGCUGGUGACUCUGUUCAACGAGGAGGAGCUGGAGGGCUGGCUGGAGGGGGAGAACAGCAGGGGGGAGGCUGGCCUCUUCCCUGCCUCCUAUGUGGAGAUCAUCAGGGACCACAUCACCUCCAACGCCAACAACAACGGCUUCUCCUCGCCCAUCAAAACCAAAGCCCAGACCCCCACCCACGCCUCCUGCACGUCCUCGGACGCCCAGUCCCAGAGAGGACUCGGGGCUGGUAGCAGUGGCAGUGCCGGAGGCAGCUUCCACACCAGCCAGGGCAGUGACGACGACUGGGACGACGACUGGGACGACAGCUCGCCCGCGACCGAAGUGCCUCAGGGUCUCGGCAGCACGCCCCCCCUGUACCCGGUGACCUCCUCCUUGCCUGGGCGGCGUGAGAGCACCCAGCAGCAUCAGCAUCAGGCCAAGAGCUCUGCAACGGUGGGGAGGAACCUCAACAGGUUCUCCACCUUCGUCAAAUCCGGAGGGGAGGCCUUCCUGCUCGGGGAGGCGUCUGCUUUGGUAAAGGACGGGGACAGGAUCUGCGUGGUGAUGGGGAAGCAUGGGCCAGAGUGGCAGGAGGACCCGUACCCAUUCACGUGCACCAUUGACGACCCCACCAAGCAGACCAAGUUCAAAGGCAUGAAGAGCUACAUGUCCUACGGCCUGACCCCAACGCACACCAAUGUACAAGUCAACCGCAGGUAUAAACACUUCGACUGGCUGUACGCUCGGCUCGUGGAGCGUUUCCCGGUCAUCUCUGUGCCCCACCUGCCAGAGAAGCAGGCCACUGGCCGCUUUGAGGAGGACUUCAUCUCCAAGCGGAGAAAGGGGCUGAUCUGGUGGAUGAACCACAUGACCAGCCACCCCGUGCUGGCACACUGUGACGUCUUCCAGCAUUUCCUGACGUGCGGGGCAGAUGAAAAGGCCUGGAAACAGGGAAAGAGGAAGGCAGAGAGGGAUGAGCUGGUCGGAGCCAAUUUCUUCCUCACAAUCAGCACGCCGGCUGUCCCGCUGGACCUCCAGGAAGUGGAGAGCAAGAUCGAAGGCUUCAAGACCUUCACUAAGAGGAUGGACGAGAACAGCGUGGUCGUCAACACCACCAUCAACGAGUUCGCUCGCAAACAGGCGGCAGGGUUCAAGAAGGAGUACCAGAAAGUCGGGCAGUCCUUCAAACUGCUGGCGCAGGCGUUCGAGCUGGACCAGCAGCCCUACUCGGUGGGCCUGAACAAAGCCAUCGCCGACACGGGCGAGGCCUACGAGGCGAUAGGGGAGUAUUUCGCUGAGCAGCCGCGCCAGGACUUGGAUCCAAUUUCUGACCUGCUGGACCUCUACAGAGGACACCUGGCCAAUUUUCCUGACAUCAUCCAUGUGCAGAAAGGUGCGCUGACCAAGGUGAAAGACUGUCCAAAGCAGGAAGGCGAGCUCCACGACCGCUGCAACAUCAUUUCCUGCGCCACGCUGGCGGAGAUCCAGCACUUCCACCGCACGCGUGUACGGGACUUCCGCUCGCAGAUGCAGCACCACCUCCGUCAGCAGAUUGGCUUCUUCCAGAAGAUCACCGCCAAGCUGGAGGAUGCGCUCCAGAGAUAUGACGAUGACCAGUAGGAAGAGGGGGAGAGAACAGGAAUGUUGGGUUAUAAAGGCCUCGAGGAAGUCGGGGGGAGGCAGUUCGUCCUCCAGUAAUGGAGAACAUCUUAUCGCCCUUUAAGAGAGAAAACUAUUUGAUGUGAUGGAUUGUGGGCCUGGUACGAGUGUUUGAAGAAAUAUACCACUCUUUUAAAGAAUAUAGGCCAUUGGAUUGUGGAAUGACAACUUCUUGGAUUCACUGGACGCCUCUGAUGAAUGUACCAGUAACAGGGAUUUUGCUGACUUCCCCACAUCUUGCAACUCAGCGGGACUGCGAAGAUAUUAAAAACAGCUGUUCUCAAUAUGACCGGGCUGCCUCUCGAUUCCCCUGUUUCAGGGUCACAUGAUCUCUCCAUGCCUCCACUGCCUCACCACAACACAGAAUCCCUCCGUCUGGGUACACGGUAACUCAAGAGAAACAUAGAGGUGAAACAAAACCCCAAAUUACUUAAACUGGACCUUUUAAUGAUUGAAAGACAGGACUUAAUGAAUUGAAUCAUUUCGGUUGUCUCAAUUUGUGUCUGUUUUUACUUGAAUGACCUGUUCAGUAUUGUUGUGAUGAGAGCAUGUAAGUGAUUGUGAGCAUGGAGAGAGGCAAAGUGGGUAUAAUCUACUCCGUUGUAGGAUUUUUGUAACAGCUUGAAAUUUGACCCACUUUCAAUGUCUAACAUCUCUCAUAAAUCGGAUGCUGUCGCAUCUUUGCUCUAUUACAAUUGAUGCCCUGUGUUCUGCAUUUUAGUGUAUGUGUUGCCAGACCUGAAACGAUAAUUAAUGUAGGACUGAUUUGAUUUUUUUUUUUUGACGGACUCUGCUUGUUUUGAGAAGCAGCUCCAUAGGUGUUUGUCUUUGGGUUACUGCAGGCCUGAAGUCCAGUCUUUCUGCUUUCCCUCAGUCCAGGGAGGUCAGAGGCUCAGGGUACAGACACUUAAGUGCAAUGAGCCCAGUUCUUCCAGUUUAAAACCACUGUGCGCUGACUUUUUAUGAUGAUAACAUAUUUGUAAAUCUUCUGAGGGAAUCGUUUUUUAUUGUAAAAAAAAAAAAAACAAGUUGGACCAUCGUGGUAAAAA